GGCCUAUUUCAGACUUACUCGUCAGCGGUCUUCACAACUUCUAUCACACUGGUCGUAGCGUUCGGGAUAAUACACGGUCUAAUUGUAUUGCCAGCAUUUCUGAUUAACCUUCCUGAAUGGUUGACAAGAAACCAAUGUUGCCGCGCGAGUCGGACUCGUACGGGUGCUGGUCAUGAUAAAGGGGCCGAGGAGAAACCUUCUGAGUAG